AAACAGCGCCCGCAUUGCCUUCAAAAUCAAAACAAACACACAAGCCGGUGCCUGAUGUUGAUGGUUUUUGGGUUUUCAGCCUGAAUUAUUAAUCCGGCCAGCGAUGGCAGCGAAGGUGAAGGUCGAGUCGAUCCUUCCGGCCGAGGAAAGCGACCUCUUGUCCAUCAGGCCACUGGGCGCUGGACAGGAGGUUGGACGAUCUUGCAUCAUGCUGGAGUUCAAGGGAAAGAAAAUAAUGCUCGACUGCGGCAUCCACCCUGGACUGUCCGGCAUGGACGCUUUACCCUUCGUGGACCUGGUGGAGGCGGACGAAAUCGAUUUGCUGCUGAUUUCGCACUUCCAUCUCGACCACUGCGGCGCUUUGCCGUGGUUUCUGCAGAAGACGAGCUUCAAAGGGCGCUGCUUCAUGACGCACGCCACCAAAGCCAUUUACCGCUGGCUCCUUUCAGAUUACAUCAAAGUCAGUAACAUAGCAACGGAGCAGAUGCUGUACACGGAGGCCGACUUGGAGAGCUCGAUGGAUAAGAUCGAGACGAUCAACUUUCACGAGGAGAAGGACGUGAUGGGCGUGAAAUUCUGGGCGUACAACGCGGGACACGUUCUGGGCGCGGCCAUGUUCAUGAUCGAGAUCGCCGGCGUCAAGAUUCUCUACACAGGCGACUUCUCGCGGCAGGAGGACCGGCACUUGAUGGCUGCUGAAAUCCCCAACGUCCACCCCGACGUUUUAAUUACAGAAAGCACCUACGGAACGCACGUGCACGAGAAGCGCGAGGAGCGAGAAAGCAGGUUCACCAGUCUGGUCAACAGUAUUGUCACAAGAGGCGGCCGCUGCCUCAUUCCCGUCUUUGCCCUCGGGAGAGCGCAGGAACUGCUGCUUAUUUUAGAUGAGUAUUGGAGUCAGCACCCCGAGUUGCACGACGUGCCAAUUUACUACGCAUCUUCUCUGGCCAAGAAGUGCAUGGCCGUGUACCAAACGUACAUAAACGCGAUGAACGACAAGAUCAAGAACCAAAUCGCCAUCAGCAAUCCUUUCAUCUUCAAACACAUCUCCAACCUCAAAGGCAUCGAUCAUUUUGAGGACGUCGGUCCUUGCGUGGUGAUGGCCUCGCCAGGCAUGAUGCAGAGCGGUUUGUCGAGAGAACUGUUUGAGUCUUGGUGCUCCGACCACAAAAAUGGAGUCAUUAUUGCAGGUUAUUGUGUGGAAGGAACUUUGGCAAAAAUGAUUCUGUCCGAGCCGGAGGAAAUCACGACCAUGGCUGGACAGAAGGUGCCGCUGAAAAUGUCGGUUGACUAUAUUUCCUUCUCGGCGCACACCGACUACCAGCAAACCAGGGACUUUAUCAAAAUCCUCAAACCUCCUCAUAUUGUGUUGGUUCACGGGGAGCAAAACGAGAUGAGCCGCUUGAAGACUGCUUUAAUCAGAGAAUUCGAGGUGGACCCUAAAAAUAAGAUGCAGAUUUAUAAUCCUCGCAAUACCGUGGCCGUUGAACUCUACUUCCGAGGAGAGAAAACAGCCAAGGUGAUGGGCACCCUGGCAGUUGAGCCGCCAAAGCCAGGAAACAUUUUAUCUGGAAUUCUUGUCAAACGCAACUUUAACUACUUACUGCUGGAUCCUGGUGACCUCGGAAGGUAUUCGGACAUGGUGAUCAGCCAGGUGGUGCAGCGGCAGAGCAUGCACUACAACGGACCAAUAAACCUGCUGCAGCACAUCCUCACGCAGCUGGCUGGACCUGUCGAGUCGCUCGAGGACAAGAAACUGCGCAUUUUCGGCUGCAUCGAUCUCACCCUUGUCGACAAAUGCGUCACCCUUGAGUGGAUCGCGAGUCCAGUGAACGACAUGUACGCAGACACGGUGCUGGCGGCGGUGCUGCAGGCCGAGUCGGUGGAGGACGUGCCGAAAGCGAUGCCGUCCGCGCCCUCCAAGAUGGACAGGAUGCACUUCAAGGAGUGCCUCAUGGAGAUGCUGCAGGACAUGUUCGGCGAGGACUCGGUCCCCAAAAUAUUCAAGGGAGACAAAUUACACGUCACGGUCGACGGCAAAAAGGCAGACAUCGACCUCGAGCACAUGGUUGUCUUGUGCGAAGAGGACGACUUGCUGCAGCAAGUGGUGCAGACCGCCGUGUCCAAACUGUACAAUUCUCUGUCUCCACCAAAAGUAGACACUUAACUUUAAAAGUUUAUGUUUCAAAGAAAUAAAAAACCAAAAUUCAAAA